GAGCAGACCCGCAAAUUUCAAGCGCAGGUGGAUUCCUUUGAAGCCUGGAUCCGAGCAGGGAGCUCUGUGCCACAGGAGCAGCUCCAGCAGCGGUUCUGGAGGCUGCAGGAUACACAGGAUGCACUGGAGCGGGCGUACCUGGAGGCACGGGAAGAGCAGAGCCUUGGGGACAUGGGGAACUUCGACCCGGAGCGCACAGUGGAAGGGGACAUCUUCUGCUUGGGGAUGCGCCUGGAGGAGCUGAAGGAGCACCUGGAGCGGGCAGCACCAGGGAGCCCUGUGGUGCCAGAGGGCCCCCCCAGCACCGGGGAGACAGCAGGGGACAGCGAGAUGGUGGCGGUGGGGCUGCCCCGACCCUUACGGCACAAGCAGCUCCAAGCAGAGGAGGACUUUGGGGACCUGCUGCAGCAGUACCAGCACCUCAAGUCGCUGCCAGCAUCACUGAGCCUGGAGCAGCUGAGCCUGACGGGGAGCGCAGUGCUGGAGGAGGCUGGUGGCACCGUAGCAGGGGACAGAGGCCCCGGGGGGGUCCUCAGUGGGACACAGUCACCAGAGGAGGGCACUGACCUCGAGACCUCCCCCUCGCCCCCCCCUCAGAGGAAAGAAGUGCCGCUGCCCCACACUGAACCCCCACACCCACAGGGGACCCACAGCCGCCUGUCCCCUGUCACCACCCCGCUGCCACCAUCCACCUCCAGGCUCCCGCUGGCAUUCCCUGAGCCUUUGCCAUCGCGCACAGCCCCGUCCCGCCGCAGCAGUGGGACAGGGAGCAGAGCCCCUCAGCACAAUGCCCUCAAGCCCUGCCGCCAGGAGCAGCGCAUGGUGUCGCCGGAGACGGACAGCGGCUUCGUGGGCUCGGAGAGCAGCCGGGUGUCCCUGUUGGCACGCACCCCUGAGCAUCAGCCACUGGGCACUGGGAAUCACGGCGUGCUGGAACCUCCCGUCCCCGCUCCCCUCCAUCCGCAGAAGAAGGAAGCUCCGCUGCUGCCCCCCAGGAAGGCGCUGAGGGCUCGCUCUGACUCAGAAGGAGGAGACAGGAGCUGCACCAGUGGGCAACCCCCUGGUGGGACGCCCGCCUCACCAUCCCCAGCUCCAGAUCACUGUGACCUGCUGGGAUCCCGCAUGCAGCGAGAGUGA